AUGGCUGAAAGCAUUACCCCCCUGAAUCCUGGCGUCGUGCUUGGCCAUCCCAAUGUGGAGAGGAACUGGCCUAGGGAAGCUUCGAAACUUGCUGUCAACAGCUUUGACACCGGCGUAUUUAUUAAUGAAUUGGCGAAUAUUGAACUGUUGCCGGGGAAGCUCGAAUCCCUCAGUGACGACGAGAAAAAAGCCUUCGCGCAAAACCCCGAGAAUCUGAAUUGGAAAGCCUCUGAACAAGGGCCUGCUCCAAUUAAGGAAGGCACAUAUCGGGGGACUCAGCUGGCGCUAGUCAAGAUCUAUGAUCUUAUAGAACAGCGUUUUUCAUCCUUCAUGGAUACAGCCAACUUUGAACCUUUAGUUCCAUCGCCUCUGACCCGAGAGCAGAAGCUCAAGUUUUUCGCCUUCACAGACAGCUCAGACAAAUACCCACCGCAUCUGAACCUUGCUGGCAAUGCGGAAGCAGCAGAGAUGGAGGAAGACGAGAACCACAAAUCAACUCUUAGUCCAACAAAGAUUUUUUCUUUGAUGCGCCUGCUUCAGUUAAGCUCUCUCUUACCCGGCGUUGUACCAGACAUCAUAGGAGGUAUUGGCCGGGGAGCCGCAUGGGUUAUAUUUGGCUCUAUGGACACACCCGAUAAAGGGGAAAAACUCGCAGAUGUAGAAAAGUUCAACAGGGAUGCUCGCGGACGCUAUAGGUUUCAGCGUAAAGAUAUAUUCGAUCUUCCCAACGUGGGCGAUUUGAAAGAUUGGUACAGCGAUGCCCGGUUUGCCCAGCAGCAUUUUACAGGGACCAAUCCUACAACGAUUGAACGGGCUUCAGAUGAUUGGCUUCAGCAUUUUAUCCAAGCCGCAAAAGCACCAGAGGAUGCAGUGGCUAAGAAGACCAUCGCCGAUCUCAGUCGCAACUGUCGAGAGUCCUUGUACAUGCAGGACUAUAGCUACUUUCGCGAGGCUGCUGGGAUGGACCCGACUGCUGUCAUUAAAUGUGAGUUCGAUGAAAAAGAUGACAAGGGCAAGACCACAAAAAGCUAUCGGUACGGUUGCGCAUCGGUGUGUCUUUUCUAUCUCAAUGAGAAAGGCCAGCUUUACCCGCUAGCUAUUAUCAUCGACUGGCGAGGCAGUGCUGAGAGAUCCGUGACGAUCUACAACCGGGAAUUGAUCAAGCGGACGGACCUUCAGUCAGGAAGCGACAAGCAUGACCCAAAACAGAAGAUCACCGAUGAGGCUGAUGACUGGGCUUGGAGAUACGCCAAGACUUGUGUACAAUGUAGUGACUGGCUUCGGCAUGAAGUCACUGUGCACCUUGCUAAUACUCAUUUGGUUGAAGAGGCCGUUAUCGUCGCCUCUAACCGACAACUCGAUCCGGAUCACCCUGUGAUGAAGCUGCUCUAUCCGCACUGGCAGAAGACCUUGGCACUCAAUGCGGCUGCCCGAACCACUCUCGUUCCCCAUAUCAUUAUCAAAUUAAUCGGGUUUCCGGAAGAAGAAGCCUUCGCGUUUAUACGGCACGCGUACAAGAACUUUGACUUCAAGAAACGCUACGUGCCAACAGAUCUCAACGAACGUGGAUUCCCUCCAGAGCAACUUGACGACCCGAAGUUUCACAACUACGCCUACGCCAGGUGCAUCCACAGCAUGUGGUAUAAGAUCAGGAACUUCGUGCAUUAUAUGCUUGGGCUAGACUACUCAGGGCCUGAUGCCGACAACCAAGUCCUGCACGACGAACGCAUUCAGGCCUGGUCUGCAGAGAUGCGGAGUCCCAAAGGUGCCGAUUUGCCGUCCUUCCCGACCAUCAGCACAUUUGAGGAGCUGGUUGACUGUGUGACCAUGUGUAUUCACAUCGCAUCGCCACAGCAUACGGCUGUCAAUUAUCUACAGAAUUACUACCAGUCAUUUGUGGUCAACAAACCCCCCUGUCUUUACGCUGAGCCUCCAGCCUCUCUGCAGGACCUGCUCGGCUAUACCGAGCAACAGCUUGUCAAGGCGCUGCCUAUGAACCACACUCGGGAAUGGCUUCUUUCUUCGCAUAUCCCAUACCUACUCAGCUUCAAACCGGGUGAUAAAGAAAGCCUGAUUGACUACGCUGCUUCAAAAUAUCAUGUGUAUGCCAACAAAACCUCACGGAAGGACCUAUGCGUCGCAUACGCAGCGGGACAGUUCUACGAGGCGCUCGUUGAUAGCGCCAAGGAAUUUAAGGAUUUCGGACAAGCGACGGAUGAUUGGGGAACUAUCCCGUACGAGGUGCUGAAUCCCGAGUGGAAUGCAGUGUCAAUUUUGAUUUAG